AUGGAAAAAUUGCAUUUGUCUUUCUUGCAGGAUGCUAGAUUCGACAGUGAGGUCGACGUAAUGACUGGUUACCAUACUCGUUGUUUAAUUUGCAUGCCAAUUAAAGACGGGGAGGGGAAUGUUCUGGCUGUAGCCCAGGUCAUGAACAAACAGCAAGCUGGCAUCGAGAAUGCAAACCUCGUUUUCUCUGCUCAGGAUGUUAGCCUCUUCCGAGCGUAUACUAAUUUCUGUGGAAUUGGUCUCUAUCAAGCGAAAAUUCUCUUCAGAAGUCAGCUGGAAACUCGUCGCAGCCAAGUAAAUUAUUAUUUUCCCUUUUCAUAA